UAUGAAAGCAGGUUUUGUUAUUCAGUGUUGCCGUGAUGAUGCGUCAGUCGUCGUGAGUGUUGUAUAUAGUAGACCUCGUCUGAGACAUGUGCUGACGACGACGACGAGUGAAACGCGGUGCUGGUGACACCGGGUUCCGCGCCCUGAUUGCGUGCCAUCAGCAGCAGCAGGAGAAAAGAACGCCGUCAGGAUGCCGUCGUCUGCUUCCGCCAUCAUUAUCCCUGUCCUCGUCGCAGAAGAAGAAGAAUAAAGCAAGACCUCUGCUGGAAGUGUGGCUGGAGGAUAGAGACGGAAUAAGAUGGUGGCAGCAUCCUGCGCUCUGUGGUGGCAAGUGCUGGCAGCCAUUUGCGCCCUGGGCUCGUGUGGCAACCCGGACGCCAAAAGGCUCUAUGACGACCUCUUGUCCAACUACAACAAGCUGGUGCGACCCGUGCUCAAUGCCUCUGACGUUCUCACAGUCAGCAUCAAGAUCAAGCUCAGUCAGCUCAUUGAUGUGGAUGAGGGAUGUGCGGAAGUGACCAGCCCGAAAGUGGCGAUUGCCUGGGGCCAGGGGCCACCGGUCCUCUCAAAAUGCAAAUAA